UGUUCAGUUGCAGAUCAUCAGUUUCAUUCAUGUCUGAUGGUUUUCAUUCUCAAACCGGCUUUCUUGGUUUGCUUCUUACAUUCACGUUCACGCAAGGUCUCUUUAUCAGAGUGAAAAGAUGUUCAUGUGGAUAGUCUCAGGUCUUCUGCUGCUCUUUGGCAGCCUCGACAUGUGGUACUUCCUAAGGGGACUGCAGAUGAUCAUAACAUCCCUGUUCCAGACCCCUUUGAGAGACAUCACGGCAGAGCACGUCAUCGAGGGCAAGGUGCUCCCCCACGACAUCGACUACAUGGGCCACAUGAACAACGCGCGCUACCUGAGGGAGUGCGACUUCGCCAGGUUCUCCUACUACACCCGCAACGGGCUGUUCAUGGCCUCGCGGGCUAUGAAGGCCACCAUGGUGGUGGGGGCCAGCACCAUCCGCUACCGCCGCUCCCUGGCCCUCGGGGAGGCCUUUGAGCUCCGCAGCCGCAUCGUCACCUGGGACGAGAAGUCCUUCUUCCUGGAGCAGCGCUUCGUGUCCAAGAAGGACGGCUUCCUCUCGGCCGUCAUGUUCUGCAGGCAGAACGUGGUCCGCAGCAGCCCGGAGGAGAUCCUGGAGCACCUGUGCAAACGGAAGGUGGAGUGUCCAGAAGUCCCAGAGGAUCUACAGCACUGGAUCAACUUCAUCAGUGCCAACAGCCAAGCACUGCGGGCCGAGAGCGGGCUGGACGAGAAGACCAAGUAAACAGGGUGAUCAAGAUCCAAUGCCUCUUGCUCUAGCCAGCAGAUGCCCAACGUUUCUAUGUGCACCCACCUAUCCCUCAUUGCCAGUGGUGGGCAAAAUAGAUUCAUUAGUUUACAAUCCAGUAGUUCCACAUAUUCCAAAAGACUUGGCUUUACCCAGAGCCAUCUAAUAACAGAGUUAUGUCACUCCCAUAGACCUCUAUGGACCAAUCUUUCCACAGCAAUGGCGGCUCUCAUGGAGCCUCACGGAGCGUUAACAUGGAAAUCCCCAUUGACUUUAGUUCUAUUAGAAGUUACUUAGUUCUAGGAGGUGGCCGUAGAACACAGAAAAUGUGGUAAAGGUAAUGUAAUUUGUUUGUACUUUAAUCUUUGUUUGGUAUGUGAAGGUUCUGUAUUAGUUUCCAACGAACAGAAGUUUACUGUUAAGAAACAUUUUAAUCUACGCGAAUCACAUCACCAACCGACUUCCUGGUCCCCGGUUUGCGCAACUCUGUUAUUAGAUGGCUCUGGUUUUACCUGUCCACUUCAGCCAGGUGAUUGGCUGGUUGAAUGAUCAACUGGUUGAAUUGGACAGGUAAAAGAAGGUUGUUUUUUGGAAUAUGUGUAACCCUAGAUGGAAGUUAAUGAAGCCAUGUUGCCCAUCACUGCUCAUUGCCUUGUAUUACCUACAUAUCAUCUUGUGCUGAACCAUUCAAACUGGACCAGAUAUAGCAGUAUCUCCCAUAUCAAAAAAUAUAUAUCAAUAUUUAUUAUUUAUUUACAUAGCAAGUAGAAUUGCAAAUAUUAUAAAUAAGAGAUUUUCAAAAAAAGAGAAUGUAUCUCACAUGCAGAUUGAACAAGAGGAAAACGAUGAGUACAACUGCAUUGUGUAGUCUUAGCUGUGAACUUGCUUUUAGAAACUAUAAGAACUACUGAAUAUCACAACGUUAUGGGGAGAGUGGAAAGAUUGUUUGCUUGUUGACAUGUGCAUGUGUCUUGAUUCCUUUUGGAUCAUUGCUGUUGAAACUAUUACCAUAUUUAUUGAAUACUUUCUUGGAAAAUUUCUAGGCAUUUUUUUUAUUUCUCUCAGCGAUACCGUGGCUGUUGGUCUGAAAGGUUUCGGGUGGGGUGGGGAUCUUUAACUGCAAUAGCUUGAUUUGCCCAACAAAGGAAAUGUGUUCUCCGCACUUCUAAAGUAACAAUCAGGUGCAACCGGAGCAGGACUAAAUGAGAAAUAAAAAGGAAGUAAAAUCUGGUGCCACGCGGAUGUCUAUUUUCUGUUUAUUUUUUCAACACUCAAAAAAUAAACAACUGAAAAUCGAAAAUGGCACCAGAUUUAACUUCAUUUGCACCUUUGUAAAGGAAGGUGGGAGCUGUUGCACUUAGAGCAUAAGUAUCGCGUGAGGAUUGACCAAAGACGCUGAGCUCAGGGGAUCCGGAAAAGCACAGGAUAAACUUGUGUUGUCUACUGAUGAUCAGACAUACAUUUCAGAGGGAUUUCACAUGGAUUUCACACGUCACAUCACAUUAUACUUGAAUGUUGUUGUUAAUGUCGUUGGCUCUUGUUCCGUUUGUCAUUUGCGCUGAGACUCAAUCUAGUUAUGGCCCAUUGAGUCAUUUAUUUAUUUAUUGUUGUUUUAGAGUGAGGAGUCUGUACACUUGAAAUCCUGUGUGUGUGUGUGUGUGUGUGUGUGUGUGUGUGAAUUUUAUUCCAUGUCAGAACUACACUUUUUUGUAUGUGUUUUAUUCAGUGGCAGAAUGUUUCGAAAUGCAGUUCUUGUUAAAUUCAUCAUUAUGGACAAGAGUGUGCGGUAUCUUCCCUCUGAAGUGAACAAGUACCCGCUACCUGCACCUCGAAACCUCUGGUGUGCGUUGGUUUCCUCCUCCAAAAAUUUAAAUGCAGUUCUGCCAUGGAAUAAAAUGCUCACCAAAAUAAAGGAUUUCAAGUGUAUGGACUCCUCACUCUAAAACAUGAACCAGCCUUUGCCCUUCACCUUCACCUUAAUCUGGGAUUGUGCACAAUCUUCCUUUUCAACUUUAUUUAUUGUUGGCAAUAUGAGACUUGAUGCUACUAUUUGUUUUUGUUUGCGUAAUGCAGUAUUGCAAAAUGAACGUGGAAUGCAUAAAAUAUUUAUUUUUAGGUAAAAAAAAGAUUUACUAUUAAUAACAAAUAUCUAACAAAUGCACUGUUUUAUUUAUUUAAUUUAUUUUCCUUGACAUGGAUUUUUUUGAGUGAAUUAUGUAUACCUUCUAAAAUGAUUCCUGUUUGCGCAGAAGUAACUUAACCUAUGUGUAGCUGUGCUGCACAUUGGUGAGGCAAAUAGCAUGUAUUUGAAAAUGUUCAUUUGUGUUUUGUUUUUCAUAAUUUAUCUAUUUGUAUGAUUUCCUGAGAGGCAAUAAAACCAUGUUAACCAUAA